AUGGCACCCUCAAGGUCGCAGCAACCCGAAUCAGAGACCUCAUCAGUUGCCGACACCCCCAUGGCUGACGUUCCAGAGCCGCGCCAUCCCCACAGACCGUCCUUCGGACACCUCAAUCGACUGGUAGACGACACGCCGGAUUACACCGACUCAGAUACGAAUCCCAACACGACAGCAUCUAGCGUUGCCGGAGACUCUCCCCAUGCCGACGGCCGAAAGAAGCGCACCGAAGCCAACCAACUGCGCAAGAGUAUUCUGGGGAGGAAGCACGGUCAACUAGAUGAAUCAAAGGAAGAUGAUACCCUCCGAAGAUUCAAGUACCUGCUAGGCCUAACAGAUCUCUUCCGCCAUUUCAUCGACGCGAGCCCCAACCCCAAGAUUCGAGAAGUUCUCCAACAGAUUGACAAGGAAGCUGCCGAGGAAGAAGCAAAGGCAAGAAAGGUUGUCUCCCGCAAGGGCGGUGCAGCUGGUGCGAACAAACGCAAGACUGAACAAGAAGAGGACGCGGAACUUCUUAGGGACGAGAAACGCGGCACUGCUUCUCAGACUGUUUUCCGGGAGUCCCCAACCUUCAUCCAGGGCGGUGAGAUGCGUGACUACCAGGUGGCAGGCCUCAACUGGCUCGUCUCACUGCAUGAGAAUGGUAUUAGUGGUAUACUUGCUGAUGAGAUGGGGCUUGGGAAGACUCUGCAAACUAUCUCCUUCCUUGGAUACUUGCGCCACAUUUGCGAUAUUACCGGCCCGCAUCUGAUUGCAGUCCCCAAGUCGACCCUGGACAAUUGGCACCGAGAGUUCAAGAAAUGGACCCCUGAAGUCAAUGUGCUUGUCCUCCAAGGCGCCAAAGAAGAACGACAUGCUCUUAUCAAUGAGCGCCUCAUCGACGAGAAGUUUGAUGUCUGUAUCACCAGCUAUGAGAUGAUCUUGCGCGAGAAGUCGCACCUCAAGAAGUUCGCAUGGGAGUACAUCAUCAUCGAUGAAGCGCACCGCAUCAAGAACGAAGAGUCAUCCCUCGCUCAAAUCAUCCGCAUGUUCAGCUCCCGAAAUCGCCUGCUGAUCACUGGUACUCCCCUGCAGAACAAUCUCCAUGAACUGUGGGCGCUCCUCAACUUCUUGCUUCCAGACGUCUUUGGUGAUUCAGAAGCCUUCGACGCUUGGUUCUCGGGCCAGAACGAAGAUCAAGACACUGUUGUCCAACAACUCCAUCGUGUGCUGAAACCGUUCCUGCUCCGGAGAGUGAAGAGCGAUGUGGAAAAGAGUCUGCUACCCAAAAAGGAGCUCAAUCUUUAUGUCGGAAUGUCUGAGAUGCAGGUCAAAUGGUACCAGAAAAUCUUGGAGAAGGACAUAGACGCCGUCAACGGUGCCGGAGGCAAGCGCGAAUCCAAGACAAGAUUGCUCAAUAUCGUUAUGCAACUUCGGAAAUGCUGCAAUCACCCUUACCUCUUUGAAGGUGCUGAGCCGGGUCCGCCCUACACUACUGAUGAACAUCUCAUUUACAACUCUGGCAAGAUGAUUAUUCUUGACAAGAUCCUGGCCCGCAUGAAGGAGGAGGGGAGCAGAGUGUUGAUCUUCUCACAGAUGAGCAGAGUUCUCGACAUUCUCGAAGACUACUGCGUCUUUCGCGGCCACCAGUACUGCCGCAUUGAUGGUGGAACUGCUCAUGAAGACCGAAUCGCCGCCAUUGACGAGUACAAUAAGCCUGGCUCGGAGAAAUUUGUCUUUCUUCUCACGACCCGUGCGGGAGGUCUAGGCAUCAACUUGACCACUGCCAACAUCGUCGUCCUCUAUGACAGUGACUGGAACCCGCAAGCAGAUCUCCAAGCCAUGGAUCGAGCACAUCGCAUCGGCCAGACCAAACAAGUCAAAGUUUUCCGCUUUGUGACUGAGAACGCCAUCGAGGAGAAAGUCCUUGAAAGAGCGGCUCAGAAGUUACGCCUAGAUCAGCUCGUCAUUCAGCAGGGUCGUGCUCAGCAGCAGGCGAAGCAAGCUGCGUCAAAGGACGAACUGCUGAACAUGAUUCAACACGGUGCUGAAAAGGUGUUCGAGACCAAGGGUGCAGUAGGCGCGCUGGACGAUAUUGACGAGAUCCUUCGACGAGGCGAGGCUCGAACUUCUGAGCUGAUGGCCAAGUAUGAGAAACUCGGAAUCGACGACCUGCAGAAGUUCUCGUCCGAAAGUGCCUAUGAAUGGAAUGGUGAAAAUUUCGAGAACCGCAAGAAAGACGUUGGUCUGAACUGGAUCAACCCCACCAAGCGUGAGCGCAAGGAACAAUCCUACUCGAUGGACAAGUACUACAAACAAGCACUGUCAACCGGAGGCCGCCCUGCAGAGACAAAGCCCAAGGUCCCUCGAGCUCCCAAGCAAGUGCCUGUUCACGACUGGCAGUUCUUCCCGCCUGGUCUUCAGGAGUUGCAGGAAAAGGAAACUGCGUAUUACCACAAGGAGAUUGGUUACAAAGUGCCGCUUGCUGAAGGUAACGAUGAGGAGGCGGAUAGCGAUCGUGAAGCUCGUGAAGCCGAUCAGCGGCUCGCCCAAGACGAGAUUGACAAUGCCGAACCCUUGACCGAGGAGGAGAAGCGGCAGAAGGCUGAGAUGCAAGAGCACGGGUUCGGUAAUUGGAACCGACGGGACUUCCAGCAAUUCAUCAAUGGUUCUGCCAAGUUUGGUCGGACGAAUUAUGAAGGUAUCGCCACGGAAGUCGACAGCAAAGAACCCGAUGAAAUUGAAGAGUACGCCAAAGUGUUCUGGAAGAGGUACACUGAAAUUGCCGAGUUCGAUAAAUAUAUCAAAAACAUCGAAGCUGGGGAAGAGAGAUUGCGAAAGACGGAACGUCAACGCAAAAUGCUACGCAGAAAGAUGGAGAUGUACCGGGUUCCGCUCCAACAGCUGAAGAUCAAUUACACAGUCUCCACCACAAACAAGAAAGUCUACACGGAAGAGGAAGACCGAUUUUUACUGGUCAUGCUUGACAAGCACGGCAUUGACGGAGAAGGCCUUUACGACAGAAUCCGUGAUGAGAUUCGAGAAUCGCCCCUGUUUCGCUUCGACUGGUUCUUCCUCAGCAGGACACCUAUUGAGAUCGGCCGCCGUUGCACAACUUUGCUGAACACUGUGUCUCGAGAGUUUGGUGAAGCUGAAGAGAAGCUCACAAACGGCCACGGACCAGGCAAAGCACGCGGGCGUGACCGAGACGACGAUUCAGAUGUCGAAAACGACAGCGAAGCUGCGCCUGUCAAGAAGAAGGCCAAGAAUGGCGUUGCCAACAAGCAGGUCAACGCGCUGAAGUCUUCUCGUGGCAGCAAGGCAACUUCCCCAGCCACUUCUCGUGCUCAGAGCGUCGCAUCUUCUACGGCACCAAGCCGGUCGAAGGGCAAGAAGAAAUAA